UGGAGUUUGUUUGCUAAUUACGCUAUGAUUCGUUCAUAAUAUAGACUUCAAUCUCAACUUCUUUGUUUUCCUGUGAUAAGAAGGCUUAGAAAAUUUCUGGAAAAAUCAAUGGAAGAAGAUGAUAUCUAUACCAAUGAUGGGACGGUGGAUUACAAGGGAAAUCCUGCUGAUAAGAAGAAAACUGGAACCUGGAGAGCCUGCCCAUUUAUCAUAGGAAAUGAAGGCUGUGAAAGACUGGCUUACUAUGGGAUGAGCACCAAUCUGGUGCUCUACUUCAAGCAUCGGCUAAACCAGCAUAGUUCGGUCGCCGCUACUAAUAACCAGAAUUGGGGUGGAACGUGCUACAUUACACCAUUGCUUGGAGCAUUUCUGGCUGAUUCUUAUCUAGGAAGAUAUUGGACAAUUGCCUGUUUUUCAAUCAUCUAUAUCAUUGGAAUGACGCUUUUAGCUUUGUCUGCAUCGGUCCGUGGCAUGAGGCCGAGAUGCUCUGCAGAAGAUAACUGCAAUCCAACAGAAUCGCAAAGCGCGAUGGCCUUUCUGGCGCUUUACCUGAUUGCUUUAGGAACAGGUGGAAUCAAGCCUUGUGUUUCAUCAUAUGGAGCUGAUCAGUUUGACGACACAGACGAAAAGGAAAAGAAACACAAGAGUUCAUUCUUCAACUGGUACUAUCUUUCCAUAAACAUUGGUGCUCUUAUUGCAUCUUCUGUGCUGGUUUGGGUACAAGAUAAUGUGAGCUGGGGAUGGGGUUUCGGCAUCCCUGCUAUAGCCAUGGCCAUAGCAGUAUGCUUUUUCUUUUCAGGUACUCGAUUGUAUCGAAACCAAAAGCCUGGAGGCAGCCCUCUCACACGUCUGCUUCAGGUAUUGGUGGCAUCCAUCAGGAAAUUUAAAGUUGCAGCACCUGCAGAUAAGUCUCUUUUACAUGAGACAGAAGAUAAAGAAUCCAAUAUCAAAGGAAGCCGCAAGAUUGACCAUACAAAUGAUCUCAGUUUCUUCGACAAAGCGGCAGUGGAAAUCGAAACAGACCGAUUAAAGGGUUCUGUAAAUCCGUGGAGACUUUGCACGGUUACACAGGUUGAGGAGCUGAAAUCUAUAAUUCGGUUGCUCCCCAUAUGGGCCUCUGGGAUCAUCUUUUCUACUGUUUACAGUCAGAUGGGCAACUUAUUUGUGUUGCAAGGAGAAAGAAUGGAUACUCGUGUUGGUCACUCGAACUUCCACAUCCCUCCGGCAUCACUUUCCAUCUUCGACACUCUCAGUGUGAUCUUUUGGGUGCCAAUCUAUGACAGAAUCAUUGUCCCUGUGACGAGAAAAUUCACCGGUCACAAGAAUGGCCUGACUCAACUUCAGCGGAUGGGAAUCGGCCUCUUCAUAUCAAUAUUUUCCAUGGUAGUAGCAGCGAUUUUGGAGCACGAAAGACUCCAAAUGAUCAAAAGGCAUAACUACUAUGAGCUAAAGGAAAUGCCAAUGACAAUCUUUUGGCAAGUUCCACAGUAUUUCCUCAUAGGGUGUGCAGAGGUCUUCACAUUCAUUGGACAGUUGGAAUUUUUCUACGAACAAGCACCCGAUGCGAUGAGGAGUUUCUGCUCUGCUCUAUCACUCACCACCGUCGCACUCGGCAGCUACUUGAGCUCUUUGCUUGUAACCAUUGUUAGUGACGUGACUGCUAAGAAUGGGAAACCCGGGUGGAUACCGGACAACCUAAAUUAUGGUCACAUCGAUUACUUCUUCUGGCUCUUGGCAGCUUUAAGCGUGUUGAAUUUAGGCGUUUAUGUCUGGAUUGCGAAAUGGUACACAUAUAAAAGGGCAGUGGGGACUCUUCGUUGAGUGAAUAUCCCCCUUAGCAUGUAAGAAAUACGUUCUCUUCAA